AUGACGACCUUCAUCAAAGAUUAUAUUUUUGGCCCCCUUUUCGCUGGUUGCGCCGGCAUGCUUGCCAAACCAGUUUGCAUGGCCGCAAUGCUAGUGGUUGGCUGGCUCGCCUUGCGGCCGCAGAGUGUCCCCCUCUGGCCUUUUCAGAGGCCGGGAAGGGUGGAUGCCCCCCGGGAUUUGGAAGCCGCAUGGGGUUCCGAUGAUGCCACCAAUGGCAAGGACGCCAAGAGGGAUCCGUCCUGGUACUUGGUGGUCAAGCCGGAGGCUAGGGCUACUGUGGGGACCAUCCCCCCCCCGGGUGGUUCGCAUGACCUAGUCAACCACUAG